GCGCGCUGAAGCGCACCAAUCAGGAUGCCAAAUGAGGGAAAUCCGCCGAAGGCUAGCCAAUUAGGGAGCUCACUCCUCUCCCAGGAAAUGCUGUCGAUUUGGCGGAAGUCCCGCCUCCCCACUCGCCCGCCCCCAUCAAAGAUGGCUGGUGAGUCUGCAAUGGAGCUGCUUUUUCUUGACACAUUCAAGCACCAGAACUCUGAGCAAGGCAGCAAUGUUGAUGUAGUUCGAUUUCCGUGUGUGGUUUACAUCAAUGAAGUGCGGGUCAUCCCACCAGGAGUCAGAGCACACAACAGCUUACCAGACAGCAGGGCUUAUGGGGAGACCUCGCCACACACAUUUCACCUGGACUUGUUUUUCAACAAUGUUAGUAAGCCAAGUGCUACCGUGUUUGACAGACUGGGGAGUUUGGAUUACGAUGAAAACUCAUCAAUCAUCUUCCGGCCAAAUGCUAAGAUCAAUACAGAUGGGUUGGUGCUGAAAGGAUGGUACAACUGCCUGACUCUGGCAGUCUAUGGAUCUGUAGACCGAGUUAUCAUUAGCCAUGACCGAGAGUCUCCUCCUCCUCCGCCACCGCCACCACCGCCUCCCCAGCACCAACAGAUUGGUCUAAAAAGAAAUACCAAACAUGUUGAAGAAGACAAAGAUGAUCAAUACAAUGGUAGCCCCCCAAGGCCGCAGCCGAGAGGGCCCAGAACUCCCCCUGGCCCUCCGCCACCAGACGAUGAUGACGAGGAUGAGCCUAUGCCAGCCUCGGGUGGAGAGAUAGAAGAUGAUGGAUUACAUAGAGAAGGAUAUUUUGAACCCAUAUCCCCUGAUCGAGUUUCUGUCCACCCUGAUGGCAACUAUUCAGAUGAAGACGAUGGGGAAGAUGAUCCCCAGGAUGAGGGAGAUGAAGACGAUGAGGAUGAAGAUGAUGAUGACGAUAUCAAUGCUGAAGAUGAGGAGGAUGAGGAAGAUGAUCAGACUGGUGACAGCAUAGCUGACGAAGAGGAUGAAGAUGAUGAGGGUGAUGACGAGGAUUUAGAAGAUGAUGGCUACGAACAAAUUUCAAGUGAUGAAGAUGGGAUUGCUGAUUUUGAGCGGGAGGCAUUUAAAUACAUAGACUAUACUCCUGAGGAUUUGGCAUCUGUACCCACCAUGGCCUAUGACCCAUAUGACAGGGACUUGGGCCCUCUUCUAUACUUCAGUUGUCCGUACAGAACUGCAUUUGAGAAUGAAAUCUGCAGACUUCAGGAACUAGAUCUAGACAAAGAAAACUCUGGGGAAAAUGAAACAUCUUUGAAGCUAACUGAAUUACUUGAACUGUAUCAAGAUGACAGAGGCUCCAAGUGGGUCACUGCAUUAGAAGAAGUCCCUGGUUUAAUUGUGAAAGGACUGAGCUUUGGCAUGCUUAAGGAACCUGGAAGAGAUCACCUCAGUCAGCUAGUUGAUUGGGCCAUGCAAGCAUUGGACUUGCAGCUUGCACUUCAGCAGCCUAUUGCUUUAAAUGUGCGGCAGCUGAAAGCAGGAACAAAGCUUGUGUCCUCACUGGCAGAGUGUGGGUCGCAAGCAGUAGAAGCUCUCUUAAAUGCCAAUGUCAUUGGAAAGUUGUACAACUUGUUAUUUGCAGAUCACGUGUCAUCUUCUCUCAAGCUGAAUGCUUUCAGAUCAUUAGAUAGUAUCAUCAGCACCAAUGAAGGAAUGGAAAGCUUUUUAAAACCUUCAGAAGGACAGGGGACCAAAAGUGGGUACCAGAAGCUCUUAGAGUUAAUUUUGUUGGAUCAGACUGUUAGGGUAUUCACAUCCUGUUCUGCUGUUCUGCAGAAGUGUCAUUUUUCUGAAAUUCUUUCUCAUGUGAAGAAGAUGGGAGAGCAGCUGGUAGAAAGUGCAGCAGUCCCUCAGAACCAAAAUGAACUUGGCCAGGAAGCAGAAACUGCACUUGAAAGACAGACCAGAGACUAUGAUAAUGAUGUGGAGAUGCCUAUGGAGAUGGAACAUCUCCUUGAUGCCACUAAUGUAAAUGAAGGAGAUUUAGAGAAACUGGUUGGUCUCCUGAAUGAGAUCUUACACCUAUUGGAAAAGGCACCUCAUACAAUGAUUCAGUCUCCGGUGAAGUCCUUCCCAACAUCAGCCCGCAUCACUGGACCACCAGAAAGGGAUGAUCCCUACCCUGUUUUAUUUCGGUAUCUUCACCAUCACCAGUUCCUGGAGUCUGCCACCCUCCUGCUCUCUCUGCCAGGCACCAGUUCUCACCCAGGAGUGAUGUAUGCCAUUAGAGAAAUCCUCCGAUUCCUGGCACAGUCUCAGAAAGGUCUUCUGUUUCUCUUAUUUGAGAAUGAAGCAACAAAUCUCAUUGCCAGGGCAUUGUGUCAGGCUUCUGACCAGGAGCAGGAGGAUAAUCUACCAUCUGAUAGCAACAACGAAGACUCUUUUGCCUUAUGGAUACUGCAUGCCACACAGGCUCUUCAGUACAUCUCUGAACUCUUUCACCAUUUCCAGAACUGCACUGCCACUGAAGAGACAGAUCAUGCCAACCUGCUGGGUAUUCUGCACAACCUUUAUCUAAUCACCUUCAACCCUGUUGGGAGGUCAGCUGUUGCCCAUGUCUUCAGCCUUGACAAGAACCUGCAGUGCCUCAUAACAUUAAUGGAAUUUUGCUCCAAAGAAGCUCUUGGGGACACAAAGUCGAAGAAAUCAGUAGCCUAUAACUAUGCCUGCCUACUUGUGCUGCUCGUGGUCCAGACCUCCAAUGACAUACAGAUCCUGGAGAGCCAUUCAGCGCCUCUUCUGAAACUCUGUAAAACGGAUGAGAAUAAUGCCAAGCUUCAGGAACUUGCCAAAUGGUUAGAACCAUUAAAAAGUAUUCGAUUUGAGAUAAAUUGCAUCCCGGUCCUUAUUGACUAUAUAAAGCAGAAUGUAGACAAUCUGAUGACACAGGAAGGUGUUGGCCUUCUCACUGCUCUCCGCAUCCUUUGUCAUGUAGCUUGUCCUCCGGCUCCAGUUGAAGGCCAACAGAAGGAUCUAAAGUGGAAUCUUGCUGUCAUUCAGCUCUUUUCUGCUGAAGGCCUGGACACCUUUAUACGUAUCCUCCAAAAACUGAAUAGCAUUCUCAUCCAGCCAUGGAGGCUGCAUGUAAACCUGGGCACCAUACUGUACAGAGCUAUCACUAUAUCUGUGGCACGCUGCACCCUGUCCUUGCUCAAGACUAUGUUGAUGGAACUUUUACGGGGUGGCUCAUUUGAAUUUAAAGACAUGAGGGUCCCAUGCACACUGGUCACUUUACACAUGCUCCUUUGUUCUAUUCCUCUCUCCGGAAGACUGGAUGGAGAAGAGCAGAAAGUCCAAAAUGAUAUCGUAGACAUUUUAUUAACCUUUACACAAGGAGUUAAUGAACAACUUACAAUCUCAGAGGAGACGCUGGCCAAUAACACCUGGUCACUAAUGCUCAAGGAAGUGCUUUCGUCUAUCUUGAAAGUUACUGAAGGCUUUGUCUCAGGACUCAUUAUAUUAUCGGAGCUGCUGCCUUUGCCUCUUCCUAUGCAGACCACUCAGGCUAUUGACCCCCAGGAUAUUGCUGUGGCUUUAAACACCAGAAAACUGUGGAGUAUGCACCUGCAUGUACAUUCUAAACUGCUCCAGGAUAUUGUGCGCUCCAUCUCCGGGACCUCUUGCCAACCUCUACAGCACAUGAUCAGGCGUGUCUGUGUUCAGCUCUGUGACCUGGCCUCACCCACUGCUCUACUAAUUAUGCGCACGGUACUGGAUCUCAUUGUGGAGGAUUUGCAGAGUUCUCCAGAGGAGAAGGACAAGGAGAAGGACAAGGAGAAGCAAUACACAGGACAGCUGGCGCGGCUGCUCGCACUUCUCGAUUCCUUGGCAGCCCACCGAGCAUGUAAAGUGGCAAUAUUACACCUGAUUACUGGGGGCAAAGGCGAUGAACGAUAUGCGGAGUUGUUUCAGGAGCUUCUGACUAUGAUGAAAUCAGCAGCUGACAAUGUCAUUCACCAGCAGUGUGGGGAAUAUGUCAUGUCCAUCAUACAGUAUCUCUGUGAUCAGGAUAUUGCCCUAAUCCUGCCAAGCACCACAGAAGCACAAGUUUCUGAACAAGAGCAGCUAGCUAAUGCAUUGCCCGGUAAAGAACUUCUCCCGUCCAUCUGUGAUAGUCUAAUGGAGACAUUUGCCAACAGUGAUAGCAGUUAUGCAUCUCUUCACACUGCCAUCAGAACCAUGAUGUUCCUAUCAGAGCAUGAUUACGGAUUCUACCACUUAAAGAGCUCGCUGAAGAAGCACAGCAGUGCUCUGUAUGUUGUCCUUAAACGCAUUGUGUGUGCCUUUGGGAAAGACACUGGUGAAUUGGCUUCCUCUUACUUGGACUUUAUGAGACAAAUAAUGAACUCUGAGUCAAUGGUCUGUGGGGAAGAAGGAGGAAUGAUGGAGGUAGAUGGCUCUCACCCUACAAAGACACAAGGCCUCACCACUGCUGAAAUAAAACACCUGCUCCUGAGCAAAGAGGAAACAUCAGAGAACUUGCUGCUGGAUUUAGAAAAGCUUGUUUUGGAGCAAUCCAAAGAAGAUGACAACUUAGAAUCCUUGCUGGACAACGUGUCUAGUUUUAGACAGAUAAUAGAAUCAGCCAAGACUCCAAUGCCUCUGAGUGACCAGGAUGUGGAGCCUGUCCUACCUGCAACAGACCCUUUGCAGAAUAUGUUUAACAACAGGACGGUGUACAUCCUAGCAGAUAUGUUGGAUGAACAGCUGAAAUCUUUGUCAUUUACACCUUUCCAGCCUGAAGAAGCUGACGCAGACUUAGAUAUGGUUAAAGUUGAUUUGCUUGAACUAUCAGCAAAAUGCUGCAGUGACUUUGAUUUAAAAUCAGAGUUAGAAAGAUCCUUUUUAUUGGAACCUUCAUCACCUGGUCGGACAAAAACCACAAAGGGGUUCAAGCUAGGGAAACACAAACAUGAGACUUUCAUCACAAGUGGCAAGUCCGAGUAUAUUGAGCCAGCCAAAAGAGCUCACUUUGUUCCUCUCCCAAGAGGAAGGGGCAGAGGUGGAUUUGUACAGACUAUGCGUCCUCAUGAUCUCUUCCGGCAGAGGAAACAGAACACAAGCCGGCCGCCUUCAAUGCACGUAGAUGAUUUUGUGGCAGCUGAACGUAAGGAAGUAGCACCUCCUGUUGGAAUCCCUCCACCCAAGAGGCCACCCAAAGUUUCUCAGAAGGUCUCAUCCCGUGGGGGUUUCCCUGGAAACAGAGGCGGAGGGAGAGGAGUGUUUCACCAAAGCAGAUUCUUUACUCCACCUGCUCCUAAAGUAAAUUAUAAUCGACGAGAAGGAGUUCGUGUCCUGAACUGGAGCCCACAGGCAGCACCACGAGGGGCUUAUGUAGAAAGUAGAGGAGCCCAGAGUAAUUUUGACAGAGCGCCUCUUCCUCCUCUCAGGCAAAGCUCUGCAGGAUACCGGCCAAAUCCACGUGAAAGGGUGGCCAGAGGUCGUGGCGGUAUAGGACCAUCAUGGACAAAUGCCGCUAGCAGUGCAAACAGUUCGCGUGGAAAGUUUCUUGGUGGGAACGGAAACAGAGGACGCCAUGUUCGUUCUUUUACGCGAUAGAUGGAAAAAUCAUAUUGGACAUGUGAAUAUUUCAUAAGAGAUUCUUCACUGCACUAAUGGACCAGUAUAAAAGUGUGUAAACACUUAUGGCAUUAGCCAUGCCUGGAUUAUCUUUUUGAUACACAAUUUGAAUGUUAUUGUGUAAAGCAUUUUAUUUUUGUGUACAGUCUAGUAACUUUUUUUCUGUGUUUGUUGUUUCUCCUUGCAGCUCUUUUUAAUAAAACAAGAACGAAA